AUGCACCAGAAACGUAUAGACCCAUCAUACCUCAAACUGACCUUGAAAGAGUUGGUUGAGUGCAACACGCAGACUGGCACCCGCAGCGACCUUCCCAUGAUCUCUCUGCUCACUAGAAAGUGUGAAGAAAUUGGGAUGAAAACUGAGACAUUCCCGACACGCUUGAACCCAAACAAAGUUAAUUUUGUGGCUUACUUUACAAAAGCCAAACACACAAUUGUGUUGUCUUCACAUUUUGAUACAGUCCCAAUCGGCGACAAGUCGGAGUGGAAACACCCACCACUGACAACAACAGAAAUCCUUGAAGAGAACGGGGAUAUUACGAUUUUUGGAAGAGGAACUUCUGAUAUGAAAGGGGGGAUAGCCAGUCAGCUUGCCGUCUUGAAGUAUUUACAUGAGAAGACAUCUCCAAUACUUCCAAGCAUUCUUUUGGUAGUUUCUUGUGAGGAGGAAGAUGGUGUUGUUGGGGCAAAAGAGCUUGUCGAGGCCCAUCCAGAACUUUUUGAGUCUGUGAAACUCGUUUUAGUCGACGAGCCAACCAAUCUCGACAUUGGAAUGAGUGAAAAAGGUGAAUUGAGGGUGUUAAUGAAGUGCAGGGGAAUAGCUGCGCACGCAAGCACACCAAAUCUUGGUGUUAAUGCUAUCAACGGAAUGAUCGACUUGAUUCAAACUGUCAGUCACUCUCUCCCAUUGAGUUGCGACACAAGCAACCAAACAACUCUUAGUCUUGGGAUGAUCAAAGGUGGCUCUGCUCCAAAUGUAGUUGCAGACUAUUGUGAGGCUGUAGUCGACAUCAGAACAAGCUCCUUUGUGACAACUGAAGAAAUUGAGGCAAUUAUAAGGAUGGCGGUUGCCACACUUCACAAAACUACUCGUUUUGUUUAUGAAAUUGAAUUUCAAGGACGGGUUGAGUCUGUUCACACCGACGUGACAAACCAAUAUGUUGUUGGUUUGGCAAGAAGUUCCGAUUUAGUACUUGGGAAGAACAGAAUCAAGAAGAUGGCGUAUGCGACAGACGGCGCGGCAUUUUCCAGAACACAGGCAAAGCCAACUGUCAUCAUUUUUGGGCCAGGUGACGAACAAGUCAUCCACAAAGUUAAUGAGCGCAUUUCCUUCAGCAAUCUGAAAAGUGCGUCAGAAGUUCUUCUCACUUUCCUUCAACAACUUUAA